CACUUUCCAGGUGAAGAAACGGGCACAGAAAGGAUAAAGAACUUGCCCAGGUUGUAUCUGGGUGCUGGCACCCAGCCACUCUUCUGCCAAUGAAGUACAUUCUGGUCACAGGUGGAGUCAUCUCAGGCAUUGGUAAAGGGAUCAUCGCGAGCAGCAUUGGGACGAUUCUGAAAUCAUGUGGACUCCGAGUUACUGCCAUCAAAAUCGACCCCUAUAUUAACAUCGACGCCGGCACUUUUUCACCUUAUGAACAUGGUGAAGUGUUCGUCUUAAAUGAUGGUGGAGAAGUUGAUUUAGAUCUUGGAAAUUAUGAGAGAUUUUUGGAUAUUAAUCUGUAUAAAGACAACAACAUCACCACCGGGAAGAUAUAUCAGCAUGUCAUCAAUAAAGAGAGGCGUGGUGAUUACUUGGGGAAAACCGUACAAGUUGUCCCUCACAUUACUGAUGCGGUCCAGGAGUGGGUUAUGAAUCAAGCCAAGGUGCCCGUGGACGGUAAUAAGGAAGAGCCCCAAAUAUGCGUUAUUGAGCUGGGAGGCACCAUCGGAGACAUUGAAGGGAUGCCGUUUGUGGAAGCGUUCAGACAAUUCCAGUUUAAGGCGAAAAGAGAGAAUUUCUGUAAUAUCCAUGUUAGCCUUGUCCCACAGCCCAAUGCUACUGGAGAACAAAAAACCAAACCCACGCAAAACAGUGUCCGCGCGCUGAGGGGGUUAGGCCUGUCUCCGGAUCUGAUUGUCUGCCGAAGUUCAACACCCAUCGAGAUGGCAGUGAAGGAGAAGAUUUCUAUGUUUUGUCACGUGAACCCUGAACAGGUCAUAUGUAUCCAUGAUGUUUCUUCCACAUACCGAGUGCCUGUGCUUUUGGAGGAACAAGGCAUUGUUAAAUAUUUUAAAGAGAGAUUGGACCUGCCCAUUGGUGAUUCUGCAAGUAAUUUGCUUUUCAAGUGGAGAAAUAUGGCUGACAGAUAUGAAAGGUUACAGAAAACAUGCUCCAUAGCCCUGGUUGGCAAAUACACCAAGCUCAGGGACUGCUACGCUUCCGUGUUCAAAGCCCUGGAGCACUCAGCCUUGGCCAUCAACCACAAGUUGAAGCUGAUGUACAUAGACUCCAUUGAUCUGGAGCAGAUCACUGAAACCGAGGACCCUGUGAGAUUCCACGUAGCUUGGCAGAAGCUAUGCAAAGCUGAUGGUAUUCUUGUGCCCGGAGGCUUUGGAAUCAGAGGAACAUUGGGAAAACUCCAGGCGAUUUCUUGGGCAAGGGCAAAGAAGAUUCCUUUUCUGGGAGUUUGCCUUGGGAUGCAACUAGCAGUGAUAGAGUUUGCAAGAAAUCGGCUUAACUUGAAAGAUGCUCAUUCCACAGAAUUUGAGCCAAAUACCCCAGUUCCUGUGGUGAUUGAUAUGCCUGAACACAACCCUGGCAAUUUGGGAGGAACAAUGAGGCUGGGAAUAAGAAGAACUGUUUUCAAAACUGAGAAUUCAAUGUUAAGGAAACUUUAUGGUGAUGUUCCUUUCAUAGAAGAAAGACACAGACAUCGAUACGAGGUGAAUCCUAAUCUGAUCAACCAAUUCGAGCAGAGCGACUUAAGUUUUGUAGGUCAGGAUGUGGAUGGGGAGAGGAUGGAAAUCAUUGAACUGGCAAAUCAUCCCUAUUUUGUUGGCGUCCAGUUUCAUCCUGAGUUUUCUUCGAGGCCGUUGAAGCCUUCCCCUCCAUACCUGGGGCUGUUACUCGCGGCAACUGGGAGCCUGAACACCUACCUGCAACAGGGGUGCAGACUCUCUUCCAGUGAUAGAUACAGCGAUGCCAGUGAUGACAGCUUUUCAGAGCCAAGGCUAGCUGAGCUGGAAAUAAACUGAAACUAAUACGCGACUUGGAGUAAUGGGGACUGCCUGCAAGGCCUCUGAAGUAAUUGAACUCAACAUGAAGGAACUAUCUGAAGACGUCACCACACUCUUACAGAAUCAUUCUGUUCUCCACCAAACAUGGGCUGUAAAGCCUCAAAGAGAAUCUAAUAAUACAUAUUUCCAUGAACCAGAACCAAGGAGGUAGUUUUCUUUUCCCUCUGGAGGUGGCCUUUGGUACUUACAAAUUUUUAUAGCUGAUUAAACUUUUUCCAACAACCU